AGAACAACAGUGGAUCGUGGAGUAACUUACAUUGGAGUGUGCAGUGUGUGUAAACUGGAACUGAACAUUUGAAGAUUUUAGACAACCGUUUGCAUCAUUCUUGCAAUUGGUUGCAGUUAAAACUUGCAGACUAAUAUUUUAUUUCAGAUUCAAUGUUACCAUUCGAGUGAUUAAAAUGUCGACUUUAAAUGCAAUUGAUCACAGACUGGCUUACUGGCAGAACUACAAAUAUUACGAGGGACAUUUAUUCGUCAAAGUACAAAGAGUGGGCUAUGAGAAGAGAUGGAUGGUGUUGCUAGGCAACGAGAUUCACAUCUAUACAACGAAGAUACCCCAGAGAGAUCAAGGGUCUGCUAAGCCCAUCCAACAUUACCCGCUGCACCCAAGCAUAUCUAUCACCAUCGACAGUGAUUUCAAGAUGCAUAUCAAAUGUGAACUUUGGACCAUCAGAGCUCAGGCCACUUCUAAUGAAGAAAGGGAGAACUGGAGAAUACGAAUUCAUACCAUUGCGAGGGGUGAGACCCCUGACCAGGGCAGGUUAUUGCCUGGACAACAGGAGUUGCUUGCUGAUAUCUUACAGAAGGAGACGGUACGGAAGCUGAACCCUGGUAAACCAGUAGGACCGCCUAGAAGAGGAAGUCUUCCUGGUCUGCACUUACCACCCCAUCAGCCAAGCCCGGGAAGAAGACGAGUCUCAUCCUUCAAUGAUGGACAAGGUCAAGUUACAGAUAACUCAUAUUACAAGUUUCUUCCGGAAGACAUAGCCUACAGUCAGAUGCUUCCACCGGUAUGGUUCUUUGGUAAGAUCUCAAGAGCUAAAGCAGAAGAGAUUCUCCACCUCUCUACAUCCCAUGGUGAUCUACUCCUAAGAGAGAGUGAGGCCCAUCCCGGACAGUACACUCUCUCAGUCAGGCAGGACACAGAUAACAAGAGUCUCAUCAGGCAUUAUAUGUUCAAGAAAAACCCUUUUGGGUUUACCCUUCUCAUUGAAGAUAAGCCUCCAGUUCUGGCUUCGAUGUAUGAGUUGAUGUGGUUCUUCAUCCAGGAGAGUGGAGGACAUUUAUUACCCAUCCAGAAGGAUCCAAACCUUCCCUCUACAAUCUAUGACAUCAGGUUUCCUUCUGCACAAUAUAAAGAUCCAGCAAACGGAGAGACGUCAUCCAAGCCGGAUAGAGGUAUGAUGCGUAAAUCAGCAAGCUUAGAUGAUAACACCAUGUCACGUAACAGUGUGCUUGAGGAAGAAGAGAAUGACUACCUGGUCCCAGACAUUGUUAGUCCAAGAGGACGACAUCCAUCAUCGACCAUCAACAGGUCUCCCUUGAUGAGUGUGAGUGAAUCGUUUGAUGCCCCGGAUGAUACGUAUUCCCCUGCUGAUGAUGAUGUGCCACUCAGAGAAGCUCCUCGGCCUCCACAAUUAGCGGGUCAACACCACCCCUACUCAACCAACCCCAACCCCUCCCCCUCCCCAUCUCAUCACCACCGCCGGAGUGACGUGCCCCUUCCCUCUCCUCCUGGUGACAGCCUGAACCUUACCACCGGCUACGUCAAGAUGAAAAGCUUCCAUUCAGCUCCAGCUCUGCAUCAAGUUCGUAGACACGAUGAUGUGGGUUAUAUCAACAUGAAGAAACAAUCUAGUCUGGAUGAAGGUAGCCAUGGUGAUGGUGCUAGGGGUGAUGGUAAAAGCCUGACCCCGCCUCCUCUUCCCCGCAAGUCCCGUAGUCACCAUGGUUACUGUACCCAUUUAAAGUCCGUACCAGAAGAGCUUGCAGAGGCUGGAUUCACCUCUCCUGUAGUGCAGCAUUUGAAGUCUCCUUUAAGACCAACCAACUCCUGCCCUGCUAGUAAUGUGGGAGAACUCCAAAAAGCUUUCAAGAGAUUUGGACUGCGAGAAGAAUCAAGCACAUAACCAAUGGACAAUGCGCAUGAAAGAGGAACAAAGAGAAUGUCAGACGAUUAAAACUCAAAUAAAGAAUCGUGAUAUAAUUGUCAUAUGAAAGGACCACUGGGCCAGUGCUGUGUACAUGAAUGGGGUGUUUCUCCUGAAGAAUUUUGCAAUAUGGAAAUGGAAAAGUGGCCAAUGAAAUUGAUUCGAUAGCCGAGAUGGAAUACCGUAUACCAAGAUGGAGUUUUGCUGCAAAGGGUGGAAAUAUUUUUAGCAGAGUGGAAUUGAUUUGGUUGAAACCACCGAGGAUCAGGGAAUGGAUAAUUUGACAGGAAUGUGAUGGGUAGACAUGAUGGGGGAGGAGCCAUUAUACAUGAGAUGGGAGGAGCCAAUGGCCAUUAUUCAUGAGUUGGGAGGAGCCAUUAUACAUGAGAUGCUAUUCACCUACAUCAUGGAGAUUAAUUUUAGUGAUAUCACACGAGAAGAAAAUAGUGUCAGAUAAGUGAAAAGCUGGAUGAUUAUAAAGUACAAUGUAUUACGAUCUAUUGUGGGAGAUUGAUGGAAGGAAAAAAGUACCGGUAGAGAGACAACAAUUCAAAAUAGUUGGUUUAUUGUGCAUAAGAUAGAAGAUAUAUACAUGUAGUAUCAUGUAAGAAGAAUUGAUAGUCCAGGUAGUUUUUGAGCUGACUCACCAGCCCUAAUAAUCAUACUUGACAUUUCUUUUUUUUAAAAGAGAGAUGAUGGAAAGUUUGCUAGAAUGGAUUCUUUGCCUAUGCAAUGACUCGGAAGUUUGGUGAAAACUUGAAAGAGAUUUGGAAGAGUGUACAUACAUUUGUAUCUCAUAGUUCAUCUGCAGUAAAACAGGUUUUGACAGUCUCUCAUUCAUUUUUUGAGCUGUGAUUUUGUUUUUAUUUAUGAAUUUGAAUUGAUUUUUUUAUAAAAAUGGUUGUUUUAAAGAUAUUUGCUACUGGGCUAGAAAGUAAAAUGUCAUAUUCCAAACUCCAUUUUGUUUCUUUAUGCUGGAAUCAUAUUUGUUGGAACAAGAACUGGGUCAUCUCUUUUUUUAUGGUUAAGAAUACUAGACAUAAGCUCUCAAAACCUGUUUUCCCUUUCAGGCAGCUGUAUUGCUCUACCACAAAUCUCAUGUGUUUCUGACAAAAGGCACUUCUGGGAGGUGAAUACCAGAAAGUGUCUUGAUAUAAGAUAAUUGCAAAUAACAAGCACUUUUGUGGCAAGAAACUUUUUUACGGUGGACAAAUUCAAUGGUGCUUCAAAUAUUACACAACAUGAAAACUUCCCAAAUCUGACGAACUCGAAUAUUUGUGAACGUUUCCAUGCACACAAUAUAUUUCUUGUCUUUUGAAAAUGUCAUUGAAUGACUGGGUAACAAGCUCGUGUGAUGGCAAGGAGGCUUCUUGGUGUUUCUACAGGGUUACUAUAGCGACGCUUAAAGAGAGAGAGUAUCCUUAUUUCUUUACCUCGGCUAACUCGCUUCAUUCUUACAUUGUGUGAAUAGGUUUAAAAGUACAUGGAUUUAGAAUUAUCAGUGUCUUGUAUUCAAAAUGUAUAUUAAUAAACAGAUGUGAAAACUAAGGAAUUGCUUACAAAAUUGAAUUCCUGUUAUCAAAUUCAAUGAAUUGGCAAAAUGCUUGUUUCAGAAUUUUGCAGGAAUAUUUGUAAACUUUAAGAUAGUAAAUUGCAUUUUUACUUCUUAAAAAAAAAAUUAUUGUUGAAAGUGUUAAAUGUACACUCACAGAAUAGUAUAUACAAUUCGGGUAAGAGUAAUAGUCUAUGGAUGUGUUGAUAUAAUCAUUGAUUCAUCAUAGAUGGGGGGGGGUGGUAUAUAAAAAACUGAAAUGCGCAUUCUAGUACAUUUAGGGCAAUUCCACCCACCGGUCAUUUAAAAAAAGAGACAAUUUUAUACACAAAGAUUUGAUGAACCAACCAAUGUACAAGUAGAGCGCCAGGAGUGGCAAUGUGCCAGACACAAGCGCUAUAUAAGACUCAACUAUUAUUAUUAUUAUUAACAUAUGCUUCCACUACAAGGUACAAUACAUCAUGAACUUCUUUUUGCUAGUAUUUAGUUCAAGGAUACAAUAUGCCACAUUCUCUGAUAGGGUUCUGUUCUUGAUAUCUUUUAUCAUUUAAUCUUCUUUGAACAGGGUUUAGAAAUUGAUAUGAUACCUUGUCCUUCCUCUAAUAAAUCUGUGUCCCCUCCCACUGUAGUGCAUGGCACUGCCCCCUUCAUGAAUGGAGAGGGGACCAAUUAUCCCCUGCCCCUUACCCUGGCAAUUCCCUGUCUUCUAUCCCUGUAUUUAUAGGUGCUACGUAUCCUUGAAUGAAUAGAAGGUUAUCUGGAAUUCCAUCAUUUUAUCAACUGAAGGUUGUCUAUGUUUAUACCAGAUACUCUAUGAAACAUACCCCGUGAUAGUUUAUUUCUAGCUUAGAAUUCAAUACAAACAAUAGCAGUCCUUCUCCACUGUGAACAAUGGACAUACAUGUACAUGUAGCAAUCAUGCAAGUGAUAUGUAAACUAUUAUGAUUAAAACAAGAUGAUGAAAGGUGUACAAUCAUAGUUUUUCCCAAUUUUCCCUAAAAUAUGUAUUUUUAUUUUGUGUAUAUAUGUUGCAUACAUGCACGUACAUGUAAGGGGAGGCCAUGCUAUAUGUAUUUUAUCAGUGAGCCAUUUAUUAUCAUAACAAGUAUUAUGUCAUGACUCGAAUAUAGUUACUUUAUAAAACUAUGCAAAUUACUCCAUUUACCAAUCUAUAUUACAUGAAAUUAGACCAUCUUUGAUACUGCUUUAUCUGGUUCCAGUAAAGUCUUGCCUUCAAAAAAAAUUAUUUGUGCCUUCAUUUUUAUAUCAUGACUUAUUUUUGAUAAUGCGAUGACAUAUCCCAAUGUAUAAAGACAACUGUAUAGUGAUAUUGCAAUAAUUUGUAUGUUUGUAUGGAGAUAUGUAUUCAAUUAUAUGUAUAUGGGAUCCUGAGGUUAACAAGCAAUUUGAAUUAUAUGUAGAUAGAUCUUGUGUGAAUACAGAAAAACCAGUCAAUGAAUUUCAUCAUAAUUCCUAUGGUUUUAGUUUUAGUUUAUGAUUAUAUUACUUUGACUAAGUUUGGGAUUUUUUUUCAUCGUCUUGCCAAGAUUAUGGAGUUAUAAGAUUAUUAAUGAUAAAAGGUCUCUAUGGAAUAUUGUUAUUAUUAUUACCAAUUGUAUGGGUUUUAUAUUUGAUAGGGAGUCGCAUUUAGAAGCAAUCUGCACAUCUGUAUGUAAUGGUUUUCCACACCAUAGUAUACCUAAUUGUGUUUUU